CUUCCUAUUGCUUUCCAAUUAACUUUAUUUUUUACCAAUUCCGAUAUCAAAGAUUUCUUCAGUGGAAAGAUUUGAGUUGAGUUGAGUGAAAUAUAAUUUUCUUAAUUCCUUUUACUCAGCGUUAUUUUAAUACUAGUCCGUGAACAAGUUAUCAACGGUCCAGAACGGAGUUAAUGAUAAAAACGAAAACAACUUUCUAAUUUCCAAGGAGAGUGAUUUCACAUUUUCACUUCCUUUCCUGAGGUCAAAUACAAAUCUUUAAUAAAUGAUGCAAUUCAGUUUGGAAAUAUGGUUUUGGAUAUCACUUGCUGUUUUGGCGCAUAUUGGUGUAUACGUAUUCGUCAUGCGUAAACGUCCAAAAAUGUUGGUAGGGCGUCAUGUAGUUAUAACUGGAGGCUCUCGUGGUAUUGGACUUUGCCUCGCUGUGGAAUGUGCCAUGAAAGGAGCCAAUGUAACCGUAAUUGCUCGCGAUGAAAAAUUACUUAGUGGCGCAGUGGCCUUAAUGGAAGUCAUACGCCAAGUGCCGGAUCAAAAAUUCCAGUAUCGUUGCCUAGAUAUUGCAUCGAGUUAUGAUGAUGUAGCAAAUAAUUUACGGGAAAUAGAAGAGUACUUUGGUGAUAUAUAUAUGUUGGUUAAUUGCGCUGGUAUGGCUAUUUGUGGGUUAUACGAAGAUAUUUCUGUGGCCGAUGCGCGAAAACUUAUGGAUAUCAAUUAUUGGGGCAGCUACAACUGCACCCGUUACGUACUGCCAAAAAUGAAGAAAGCCCGAGAAGGUAUCAUUGUGUUUACAUCUUCAUUAGCAGCUCUCUUCGGUAUUUAUGGCUAUGGACCAUACACGGCUUCAAAAUAUGCUGUGCGAGGUAUGGCUGAAACCAUCGCAAUGGAAACGCGACAUCUGGGUAUAUUGGUCACAUUAGCAUUGCCUGCAGAUACUAAUACGCCUGGUUUUGAAAAUGAGGAGAAAACAAAACCGAAGGAAACGAAAAUUAUAUCCGGUGGUGGAGGCUUGGCGGAGCCGCAAGAAGUAGCUAAACGAAUUCUUAACGAUGCCUUGCGCGGCAACUUUAUCUCGAUUUUAGGGGCUGAGAGUUGGUUCCUUACAUUAUUAGGAGGUGGACUUCUACGUUGGGGUGGAUUUUUUCAAAACCUAAUGCAUGCUAUAUUAUUGGGACCACUGCGUAUUGUCGGUUGCUUUUUACAUUUGCACUUCGAACGAGUAAUUAAAAAUUGUGCUAAGGAAAAAACGGACUGAUGGACUCCAUUAACGACAUUAAUAAUAUUUAUUUAUAGCUUAUAUGCAUUUAUUAAUUAAUUUAACAUACUUAAGAUUACGCUUAAUUAUUUUUAAGCGUAUUUGUUUUCAAAUACGGUGCCUUUAUAAAAAAAAGCUGGAAAAACAAAAUUCAACAUUUUUACGUUAUCCAAUACUUCAAAUGUACAAAAUAUUAAAAACACAAUUUUUAGAAAGAUAUAAGCAUCAUUUAGCCAAAGAACAUAACAUUAAAAUUUCGUAUUAUCCGUUUUACAAAAAUUUACCACAAAUCUACGCAGUAAUUAAAAUAAAAGUUCAAUAUUUUUAUGCA